CCUUCGGUAUAUAGGGGACGUUAGGUCAGAUUUGCAGGUAUCGGAGCCGAGGAACGACAUGGGAACCUGGCGGGCCGUCUUCUUCAACGCCUUCCUUCUGUUGGGACCUUGGCAUCUGAAGCAAGGCGUUCGCAGCGAUGAACCUUGUGGAGACGUGAAUGUUCCUUUGGAUCCUUCACUUGACCCAAGUGGACCUUUGACAAACUCCCCGCCACAACUGACGGAAGCAACAAAUCCUCCCUAUGAGUGCGUUGGGGAUCCAAAUCAGAGAAGAGAUUGCGGUUACCCAGGAAUCAGUGCCUCUGAAUGUGCCAAAAGGAACUGCUGCUAUGAUUCCAGCAUCCCAGGGGUUAACUGGUGCUUCUUUUCCAAGUCACAAAAUAGCGCUCAGUGCGCUGCGAGUCCCACCGAGCGGACAGACUGCGGAUACCCAGGCAUCAGCCCCAAGGAGUGCUAUUCCAGAGGCUGCUGCUUUAAUUCCAGCAUUCCUGGUGUUAAAUGGUGUUUCUACCCCAAAAACAACGCAACAAAUCCUACAAAUGAGUGCGUUGGGGAUCCAAAUCAGAGAAGAGAUUGCGGUUACCCAGGAAUCAGUGCCUCUGAAUGUGCCAAAAGGAACUGCUGCUAUGAUUCCAGCAUCCCAGGGGUUAACUGGUGCUUCUUUUCCAAGUCACAAAAUAGCGCUCAGUGCGCUGCGAGUCCCACCGAGCGGACAGACUGCGGAUACCCAGGCAUCAGCCCCAAGGAGUGCUAUUCCAGAGGCUGCUGCUUUAAUUCCAGCGUCCGCGGGGUUAAAUGGUGUUUCUACCCCAAAAACAAUGCUAUUGCUCCAAGCGAAUGCAACGGACCUCCCUACUUGAGGCGAGAUUGCGGUUACCCAGGAAUAAGCUCUUCUGAAUGUGCCAAGAGAAACUGCUGUUUUGACUCCAGCAUCCCAGGGGUUAACUGGUGCUUUUACACCAGAUCACAAGAUAGCGCUCAGUGCGCUGUGAGUCCCACCGAGCGGACAGACUGCGGAUACCCAGGCAUCAGCCCCAAGGAGUGCUAUUCCAGAGGCUGCUGCUUUAAUUCCAGCGUCCGCGGGGUUAAAUGGUGCUUCUUCCCCAAAGGCACACCAAAUACUCAAUAUGAGUGCUUUGGAAAUCCCUAUCUGAGGCGAGAUUGCGGUUACCCGGGAAUCAGUCCCUCCGAAUGUGCCAAGAGGAGCUGCUGCUAUGAUUCCAGCAUCCCAGGGGUUAACUGGUGCUUCCACACCAGGUCACAGGAUCAAGCCCAGUGCACCAUGAAUGCCAAGGAGAGGACUGACUGCGGAUAUCCUGGGAUCAGCUCCACCGAAUGUCACUCCAGAAGAUGUUGUUUCGAUUCAAGCGUUCCUGGUGUGAAUUGGUGCUUCUAUCCGAAAAGCUUUGGUUGCUCGGUGCACCCGAAACUGAGAAAGGACUGCGGGGGUUCCCAAAUAUCAGCUCUAAGGACUGCCAUGCCAAAGGCUGCUGCUAUGAUCCCAGCGUCCCGGGUACCAUCUGGUGUUUCUAUGGUGACAAAUAAUAGGAUAACCUGAUGGAUGUCAUGUGCCUCUCAUAAAUGCAGGCAGCCCAGUGGGAAAAAAAGCUGUUCAUUUUUUACAAUAAUAUGUCAUAAAUUUCUCUCUUAACAUUGUUAUUCUGUUUAAAAUUCAAUAAAGAUUGC